AUGCCAUUCUCUAUUGAACUGUUUCUAACACCCUAUCAGACCAAGAAGAUUAACUACGAGACUAAGACUUUCACCGUCGACGCUUCCGCCCCAACUGAGCAAGGUGUUUUCGACCCAGCCUCUUACGCCAAGUACUUGAUUGACCACAUCAAGGUCGGUGGUCACAUUGGUAACUUGGGUUCCGACAUCACCGUUACCCAGGAGGGAAACAAGAUUAUUGUUGUCUCUAACACCAAGUUCUCUGGUAAGUACUUGAAGUACUUGUCCAAGAGAUACUUGAAGAAGAACCAGAUCAGAGACUGGAUCAGAUUCAUCUCCAUCAGAAAAAACGAGUACCGUUUGCAAUUCUACGCUACUGAGGAAGAUGAUGAGGAGGAAGAUGAAGAGUAA